CACAGACCGACGAACGUGCACUAUUGUGUUGCCCCUAGUUUCUUGCCUGUGCUCUACAGUGCCAUGUUCAACUUUUAGCACUACUCUGCUUGGGCAUCUCCAUGUCCUCUUCACCCUACCGAUGAACCGCCCACCGCAUCCCUUCCCACUCCUGGCCCGAAUGACACGUUGUCGGAAUCUCGUCAACCCUCAAGCAAUCCUCAUGACGCCUCCAUUCGACUAAGAGAGCCGCAGAUGAACGAGGGACGGGCGAGCGGGGAGCUGGAGGGGAGCACGCUAGGCAGUAGCUCUCGAGAUGGAGAUAAGACAACAAGUCGAGCCCAGCGACGGACACACGGCCCCAGUGGAUUCUUUGUUGACUCAUCCUUCCUACCCAGUUCCAAGAGCUUGAAAAGCAGCCAUCAUCAACUCCUCCGCCGUUCGGGGUCAAAUCGGAAAGAGAAACGAGAAGCUCCUUCUGAACCGGGUCUGGAGGUGUCAAAGAGGCGAUCGCGAUUUCCGUGGAGUCGUCAGAAGGAACAGAAACCGGACUCGGCUGAGGGCCAAACGGCUGAAGAAGAAGCUACUGCUUCUUCGCAUGUGGCGGAAGAUGCGGCACCGCAUCAGGAGCAGGCAAAGACGGAGACGCCGGACAACCAGGCUGCCAUGGGCCUGGACAGGGAUUCCUUGCAGAUCGUCAAUCUCGCGCUGAAUUUGAGCGAGUCCCGAAAAAGGAACAGUCUAGGACGUUCGGCGUCCAACCGCUUUCCGGGCAAUCGGAGGCUGGUGUCGACCGGUCAGCCUGCUGCUCCUUACCCUGACAUUCAGCCGGUGACUUCUGCGGGCGGCCUUCACCACGGUAGCCCCCGACAUCACGAUGCAGUGCACAAGUGGAGCGAUCGCUACAACAAGCCCACCAUACCAGAAGGAGUGGCGGGAUUUCCGGCCCAUGCCCCAUCCUCGGUGCUCAGUCUCCUGCCCCAGUCGAUUGAUUCGGAAACUUUGCCAUCUGGGAUUUCAGAGAGCACUCUUAUCCGGGCUGAGAAGGCCCGCCGUCAUUUUGAGCUGCUCUCCGAAUACCUACGGCUUCUGUCGUCGCUUCCGCCUCUGGAGCAUCUCGACCCGUCCGCUACAGAUUCGGUAUCAGUCGCGAGUAAUGGCGAGCUCUCCGCCAGAAGAUACAAUCCUCUCCAGUGUAUCCGUAACAGGAAAGUGAGAUUUCGCGAGCGAUGCAGUAUUGAUACCGAAGGUGAAGGAUGGUAUGACACCGAACGGGUACACGAAUGGGUUGACUCUGUGGAGUCGUUGUACAGCCAUCGCAAUCACAGCGCCGUGGAACGUCUACAACUUCCGUCGUUUCCAAAAUCACGGAAACAUGUGCCUCCAGAACAUCAGCUGGAUAUUGAUCAUCUUGCAGCCUCUCCUCCUUCGAGCCUGAGGCGUGCUAGCCGUACUAGCAGUGUCAAAGCCCGUAGGCCGCGAUCAGAUUGGGUAAUUGAUCCGGCAGAAAUGCUUUCCGAUGCUGCGUGGGUUGAAGACGAUCACAACAAGAGCAAAUUGGUUGACAAGGACGGAAACCUCCUUUAUCCGAACCCGAAUAUACUGAUCGAUGUCGGUAUGGAUGAUGCCAAUCUCAGUCUGGAGGAGAAACUGCAACGUCAUCGACAAUCCAUGGACUCGGAGCAAUACAUUUCGCGUGCAUCUUUAUCCGACGCUCACCCUAGUCUGACAAGCGGUGCACGUGGAAGGCAACGGCACAGGUUUCGGACUUCCGGUCGCAGCACGCAUGAUAGCGAUGUCUCCGUCAAGGAUUUGGAGCCGGGAAGCCGCAAGCUUGGCUUGUUUAGUAGCUCUGCGAGCACGUCCAGCGCGGAUGACCGGCUACACCGUUACAUGCACGCUGACAGGACAAUAUCUCCUGGGAAAUAUAACCCGCCAACGCUGGGUGCAUUCCAAACAAGGAGCUCUGGGGCGAUCUCUGAAGAUGACAGUCUCACAGGGAUCAGGUAUAGCCCGAGCCAUGGCCCCCUUCCCCGCCAUAGAACUGGGGCCCGCGCUAGAUCAGAGGGGAAGCGAAGCUCUAUGUCCUCUGUGCCGAGCAUCGAUGAUCGUUACGACACUUUGACGAACAUGGCAACCCUCGAUAACAAGUCCUCUGGUAUUCAUUCCCAGUUGGGGUUCUUCCCUAGUAUUGCAAGCAAUCUAUCUCCCCCGUCAAGCCGGUCUCCAUCACCUUCUAAGGGACGCUUUUCGCGGGCCCGUGGCUCGCGUCACGAGCGCAGCAAGAGCAACAUUCGCGCCAAGGACAACGUCGAUGAGAAUUUACCAGACACGGACGGUGUACGUCAACAUAGCGUGUCGGAAGCCACGGGUCGCCUUGGAUUCGAACCCAGUCCCCUUACCUACCAGACUACGUCAUCCACGUACCAGGAUGAAUUUGAUAAACCUCAAUAUCCGAUGCGGAAGGACACCGCUCAAACAGAGUCAAGGCUACGUGGCAUUCUCAAAGGACCUGGGAAGAUAGCCGAAAAAGUCGGCAAUGAGAUGUCGAAAGUCGGCGAUCGUAUCAUGAAGAAAGAUUCGAUGGCGAUGGCACGCAAGACCUCACUUUCUAGCCUAAGCAGUUCGGACUCCGACAAUCCUGAUGAGGCCGAGGAGAUAAAAGGCGACAAGACGACAGGCGCCAAAUCUCUUUUACGUCGGUUGCCUGCGUUUGCAGAUGAUGGCACUCGCCCUUCGCGCAAGAAUCUGGAAAGAGUCGGUACACAUAACGAGGCGUUGCUGUCGCCACAUUUAUCGGCACCUGCUGGACAGGAGCAGUUUACUCAACUUCAAAGCUCUGAUUCAACCGACUUGACAGGCCACUCUACGGACACUAAUAUUUACCACAACAUGGACGGCUCCCAGAGGGAUGUUGGGAGUUUCUCCGCAUCCCUCUCAAGCAAUACAAAUGUCCACGCACCACCCACGCGCCUCGAGAAAUUGUUCGGACCCGAAAUACAUACAAUCCGGGAACAAAUCCAGAAAGGCCGGAUCAAGGAUCAAUCUGUACCUUUCAGUCUCACCCGACCACCUAUUACUGGUCUUGCGCAGGCCAAGGUGGAAGCUUCCCCAGCGUCGCAAAACAGGCGCCCUGUGUUAGAUGCCCAGUCCAAAAGCUGGAGCAUCUCCAAUCGCAGUCUCUCCACUGCCCUUGUCAGUGGUAUCCCUGGAAAACGCGAGGUUGAACGAACUCGAGCACUGCUCCUUACUUCGGGAAUCAAGGCCCGGGAAAUCACCCGCCGGGCCGGCACUGUGCGUGAGCCACCUCCUGAGUUCCUUCUGCGCACAUAUGGUGAUGCCUCCGUACCCGUGCCACGGGUGACUCGACUCUGCGAGUAUGAUGCAGCGGCGCAGGGACUACUCCAGAGAUUUGAGGAAACCAACCGUGCUUUCCGGCAGGCCAUGGACAACUUUUCGGGCUCAGUGUCAUCGCCACUGAAUGCUCAGCUGAGCAGACUCGAGAAGAUAGUCAAUGAGAGCAUCAGCCCUCGCGUUCAGGCAGCGACGCAAGAUGCCGAAGAUCUGAGCAUUCAGCUCAACACCACCAGCACCCUUGCGGUGAAGCAAUUGAGCGAUACCCUCGACAAAGGUAUGCGCAGGCGUCAUCGCAGGUUGCGCUGGGUCCGACGUACCGGGUUUGUCAUGCUCGAGUGGGCGCUCGUUGGUAUGCUGUGGUGGGUCUGGCUCAUCGUCAUGGCUUUCAAGGUGCUUCGGGGCAUCUUUCGAGGAUUUCUCUCGGGCGUUCGGUGGAUUCUGUGGCUGUAAUUGCAGAAACGGAUUGACUCGGGUCAGUCAAUGUCCAGGCCAUAUUCUUCUGUUUCGUACUUUCUAUUUCUUUGUACUAUACAUUUUUAAUUCCGAGUAUCUGCAUAAUAGUGAUGUCUUGUAA